UGGAAACUACUGCAGGUACAUGUGGAGACUACCACAGGUACAUGUGGAGACUACCGCAGGUACAUGUGGAGACUACCGCAGGUACAUGUGGAGACUACCGCAGGUACAUGUGCAGACUACCGCAGGUACAUGUGGAAACUACUGCAGGUACAUGUGCAGACUACUGCAGGUACAUGUGCAGACUACUGCAGGUACAUGUGCAGACUACUGCAGGUACAUGUGCAGACUACUGCAGGUACAUGUGGAGACUACCACAGGUACAUGUGCAGACUACUGCAGGUACAUGUGGAAACUACUGCAGGUACAUGUGGAGACUACUGCAGGUACAUGUGGAGACUACUGCAGGUACAUGUGGAGACAGGUACAUGUGGAGACUACUGCAGGUACAUGUGCAGACUACUGCAGGUACAUGUGCAGACUACUGCAGGUACAUGUGGAAACUACUGCAGGUACAUGUGAAGACUACUGCAGGUACAUGUGAAGACUACCGCAGGUACAUGUGGAGACUACCGCAGGUACAUGUGGGGACUACUGCAGGUACAUGUGCAGACUACCGCAGGUACAUGUGGAGACUACCGCAGGUACAUGUGGAGACUACUGCAGGUACAUGUGGAGACUACUGCAGGUACAUGUGGAGACUACCGCAGGUACAUGUGGAGACUACUGCAGGUACAUGUGGAGACUACUGCAGGUACAUGUGGAGACUACUGCAGGUACAUGUGCAGACUACCGCAGGUACAUGUGCAGACUACCGCAGGUACAUGUGCAGACUACCGCAGGUACAUGUGGAGACUACUGCAGGUACAUGUGGAGACUACUGCAGGUACAUGUGGAGACUACUGCAGGUACAUGUGGAGACUACUGCAGGUACAUGUACAGACUACUGCAGGUACAUGUGCAGACUACUGCAGGUACAUGUGCAGACUACUGCAGGUACAUGUACAGACUACUGCAGGUACAUGUACAGACUACUGCAGGUACAUGUACAGACUACUGCAGGUACAUGUGCAGACUACUGCAGGUUUUAGUCUCUCCGACCAGCUGUUUUUGUGUUAUGGAAGCCCUAACUUGGGUCAUUGUCUCUCAGUGUGUUGCGAUGUCGUGUGUGUUGCGAUGUCGUGCGUGUUGCGAUGUCGUGCGUGUUGCG